GCUAAAUGUUGGCAACGGGCAUGCAGGUGGUGAAAGGCGGAGAACUGUCCAGACUAGUAAUGAUCUCCAUGAUUAUGCUGAGAUAUACACUCCUAGUAAAGAAAUGAUUGGGGGACUAGAUCCUGAUCUUGAUAUAAGGCCUCCUACUCCUCCUCUGCAUAGGUUUCCAUCUUGGGAAUCAAGAAUUUAUGAAGUAGCUAUGAAUGGUAUUUCAUUAUCUCGUGAUGCUCUUCACACUUGUCCAAUAAUUCCUUCUCACAAACCCAAAAAGACCCCAGAUAACUACAUUACAGAUUCAUUUACCGAUAUGAGCAUUCCAGUUUAUGCAAUGGUUAAAGGUAGAGCUUCGCAGAUUCGAUCUGUUCCUUUUACUGGAGAAUCCACUGAUUCCUCUGACAAUGAAGAUACCCGGAUAACAUCUACACAUACCACCAGUGGGGAAACAGAAUCCAGUGCAUCAACCGGAAGUCCAGGCCGGGGCAACAAAGGAAGCUUGAAUCAGUCUCCAGCAAAGCACGGUUGCACUUCACCUACCAAAUCGGUUAAAAGAGAUACUUCUGCUGACUCAGUAUUAUCUGAUGAUUAUGCCAUACCUCCAGAUGCUUAUACAGAUACAUACAGUAUGAAUUCUAUAGAGCAGCCUAGAAUGUCUAUUAUUUCAGAAAACACAAGAAGAGAUAACUUUGAAAAAUGUGGUUAUCUUACCAAACUUGGUGGAAAGCUAAAAACUUGGAGGAGAAGAUGGUUUGUUUUGAAGAAUGGAACACUUAGUUAUUACAAAACACAGAAUGAUGUUGGACGAAAACCUCAAGGUCAGAUUUUAUUAGAUGAUGUUUCACGUGUAAAUAGAGCUGAAGGAGCUUCAACUUUUGAGGUUGCUACAUCAAAAAGAACUUACUAUUUAACUGCAGAUUCAAAUUCUACUAUGGAAGAAUGGAUAAAAGUUCUUCAAAAUGUUAUUCGUAGAAAUACAACCCAUUUAGCAGUUAGCAAAGAUGACAACAAACCUUCCAUUCAGGGAUGGGUCACUAAGGUAAAACAUGGACAUUCUAGGAAAUGUUGGUGCUCAUUAGUAGGAAGAAUGUUUUUGUAUUAUAAAACACCAAAUGACUCUAAACCUUUAGGCCAAAUUAACAUGAGAGAUGCAAGAGUUGAAGAAGUACUGCAUGUUUCAGACAGUGAUGAAGAAGAUCAAGAAGAUUCAAUGUCAAAGUCUGAGUAUACUAUUGGCAUUUUUCCAAAUCAGCAGGGUCCUACUUAUUUAAUAAUGCCUGGCAAACAAGAAAUGGAUGCUUGGUUGUACCAUUUGACUGUAGUAUCUUGUGGAGACAAUCUUAUUGGGACCCAAUAUGAGCAGCUGUUGGCUAGACUCAUGGAAGUAGAUGGUGAUGAAAACUGUGUUAUUUGGAAACAUCCACUGUUAUUAUACUCUAAAGACAGCUUAACACAACCCCUUACUAGUCUGCCGUCCGAACAACUUCAAACUGAGGCUGUUAAACUCUUUAAGUCCAUCCAGUUGUUCAUCUCAGUGCCUCUUGAUGCAUCAGGCAUUGAUUAUCAUGUAGCUCUGGCCCAAAAUGCCUUGCACCAGUGCCUCGUGCAGACAGAACUGCAAAAUGAACUUCUUUGUCAACUGAUGAAGCAAACAUCACGCCAUUCUUACCACAAACCAGGUGUUCAGCAAUUACUACUAUGUGCUACUCAGUCAUUGUUUCUAUGUGAUUCUUCUGAAAAACUCUCUCCUACCUCAACUACCUCCCACGACCGGAUACCACCACCUGAAAGCAAGCUCAAUCCUCCACCUUUUGUGUUCGUUCAAAGUUGGCAGCUACUAGCCUUAGCUUUAUCAUUAUUUGUUCCAAAAAAUAGAACUUUGUGGUAUUUAAGAAUGCAUUUAUCUAGAAAUGCAGAUCCAAAGACUGAAUCUGGGAAAUAUGCAAUAUUUUGCCAGCGAACAUUAGAAAGAACGCUUCUAAAUGGAGGACGGGAAAGCAAACCAUCUCGCAUGGAAGUUUUAAGUAUAUUACUUAAGAACCCCUAUCAUCAUUCUCUUCCACACAGCAUUCCAGUGCAUUUCUUAAAUGGAACCUAUCAGGUUGUUGGAUUUGAUGGUUCAACCACUGUUGAGGAGUUUAUACAAACUGUAAAUGAAGAAGCUGGUAUAAGAGACUCCACACAUUCUGGUUUUGCCCUUUUUAGUGAUGAUCCUAUAGACAAAUCUCUAGAACAUUGCCUUCAUAGUACAGCUAAGUUAUGUGAUGUGAUAUCUAAAUGGGAACAAGCUCUUAGGGAAAAACAUUUAGGCAAAUUUGAAAGCACCAAAGUUGUAAAGCUGACAUACAAAAAUAGGUUAUGUUUUCGACAAUUACUAAAAGCUGAAACUGACAAAGAGCGCCUUUUGACUGCAUAUCAAAUUAAUGAAGAUGUAGUGACAGGAAGAUUUCCCCUUAGUAAAGAAUUAUCCCUUGAGUUAGCUGUAUUAAUGGCUCAAAUAGAGUAUGGUGAUUAUAAUGGUGACAAAGUUCGCUGUAGCACAGGACCUACUACUCCUCAGCAGCAAGUGCAAUGUAUAUUGGAAAGGUUUUAUCCCUCUCGUUAUAGAGACAAGAAUGAUGAGAAGCAAUUAUUAGAAAGUAUUAAAGAGAAGUGGUCUGGUCUACGAGGUCGAAGUGUGAUGGAUUGUGUUAGAAUAUACCUCAACUGUGCAAGGAGGUGGUCAUUGUGUGGUGCCAAACUGUUUAGUGCCAAGACGCAGCUAAAACAAGGUGAACCUUUGUCUAUCUGGUUAGCUGUAUCAGAAGAUUCCAUUACUUUGUUAGAUUUCACGACAAUGCAAACCCUGUACCGGUACCCUUACGGGGUGGUGGUAACAUUCGGUGGCUGCCGAGACGACUUCAUGCUGGUGGUGUGUCAGACCACGUCGGACCAGAAGUGUGCCGGCGAAGUCACGGAGAGACUCCUAUUUUCCAUGCCCAAGCCGAAGAUCCUAGAAAUCACUCUGUUAGUGGCCGAUUAUAUGAACGCUUUGGGCCGGACUAGCAGCGCCUCUUCGACGCUUGCUCGUCUGGACAAGAUCCGGUCGUCCACCUCAAAAUUCCGGGCUUCCGCCGCGCCGGACACCUUCCCGCGCAGCGGGGGACCUCCCAUCUACGAGGCGCCCUACGACCCCGCGAAAGCGAUGUCCACUUCGGCGGAACUCGACAACAGGAGAGGAGCCUUCGGAAAGAAGAGGGCUGGGAGCGACUGCACGUGAUUGGGAGGGAAUUUUCUUAAGAAAAACUGGACUUGAAGGAGGGAAGGGGGUUGUAUUUUCCCACUGACAGUGCUCAAAUUGGAGUGAAUUCCUAGUGUCUCGACUACUCGUAAAAACAAUCCAACAGGUUCGAAACGUUGUUUUUUUUUCUUUUUUUUUUUUUUUUUUAGGCUACCAGAAAAGAUUUGACGUGAUAUUGUGAACAUUUUAGCUCGUCAGUAUCCAUGGAUGCAGGAAGAAACGAGGAAGAAGCGCGUUAUUGUUGAUCUCAACAGAGAACUGCAAGUUUUUGUCAUUGAUUUCUCCAUUUUUACUAGUUUUUUCCCAAAUUUGAAACUCUUUGUGUCAAAAAUAUCCAAUAUUAUUACUGAUAUUGAAUAUUACUAAUUUUAUAGUAUUAAGUAAUGUUAAACUUACGUUUAUCGCCCCCCCCCCCUCCCGAGACACGCAUUUUGGUAAAAUUUGCUGUAAAAUUACUAAACGACUUUUCAUUUGAAGACUGAGUAGAAGAAAAGAAUGGCAAAGACAAUGCUUUCAUUUUGUCAAAACAGAGAACAUUAAAAUGCUUCUUUAUCCAAAAUGUUUUUAAUUGUAACUUCAGACAUGAGAAAGUAAUUGAUAAUACCCACUACCAAGCGCUAGUUCUUAUCAUUCCUGCUGCUCAUUUACUCUAGCUUUCACUUCAAAAUUGAGCACUGUUACUGUACUGAUAUUUUGUUAUUGUAUUACAAUUCAACUGCUAUACAUUCGUUUUCACGAAAACAUUUUAUUCACAAGCUUAUUUUCGAAUAUAUAGGCAUAAUAUAAUGGCAUGUGGUUAUUUCUCUUUUCUUUUAUUUAUUUUUUUAAAAAAUUAAUUUAUGCAUAUGGUUGCAAUAAAGGCAUACAAACCUUUCAUGUAAAUUCAUACACAAUUGGGGGAAGGUUUUCUUCAUGAUUUGCCAAGAAAUGCACAUUCAUUUUGCACAAAAAUGCAUAUGCCUUAGCAUUGAAUGAACUGCCUUUGUAAACGUUUAAUUUAUUAUAAAGAAAAAUAUGAUCAAAUGUCUAUACUAUUAACGUGCAAUUUGUAGCUAAUGUUUAGUUUAAAUUAAUUGUACUUUAUUUAUUUUUUUCUUCUAGGGAGUACAAUCCAUUUAUAUAGUUGAUUGAAUUGAAAAAAAAAAUGUAAAGAUUUAUUUCUUCGCAUUUCAUUCUAAAAUUAUUAUUUCCAAAACGUAUUAAAAAGUUAAACGUGUAGUAAAAAUUCCAUCAUGAAAUUUCUUCACGUAUGUAAAAAAAAUGGGGACUAGUGACUGAAACUGAGAUGACUAUACUGCUGUGGGCAGGUAAAUGGCAGUAUUUGCAAAUUUUUCGUUUUUUUUUUUUUUUUAAUUUAUUUAUUUUAUUUUUUUAAUCUAUUGUACUUCAGCUUUAUUGUACAAGCUUGCUUAUUUGGUUUCCGCUAAAAAUAAAAUACGCAAAAAAACGUCUAAAUCCAACAUUCCCUAUGGUUAGCAUGGAACCUAAAUCGCGUUUUUUCAAAUAUCUCGAAAACUCAUUUCUGCAGAUACUGCCCGAUACCUUCCCACGGCAGUAUAUUACAUUUUUUGAAGUUGCAAAUUUGCUUUAUAGUUGUAGACUCAAUUUGGGUGGUCUGAAAUCUGUACCUUGAGUAGCCAUGGCAACUUAGAGAUUUUUAACUGUAACGCGUAAAAUCAGCACGAAACUGAUUCGUCGAUAAAUUAUUUCCUCGCACACACCAUCAUAAAUUCUCAGCAACAGACGUAUUAAUUGUUGUGAGAAAAAAAAACUCUACUAAAACUAUGUUAGAUCAGUGGUUCCUAACCUUUUCAAAUCGUCUUGAAACAAAUCAGUCCAGAAUUUCAAAACGGAUCAUUUCUAAAUGGCAAUGGGGUCGUUUCCAAAAUUUAAAAAAAAAAAAAAUUUUCUGAAAAAGCAUACUUAGAAACAUAGGAUCUGACCAUUUUUUAAAUAAUUUGUUUAAGUUUAAUAUUUUUAAAAAAUUACUUAAAUCGGUGCGCUUUCAUUCUCUACGCUUCUGCCAAUGAUAUCACAAAUGAUGAAAUGCCAUUUACAGAGCAAAAUAUUUAAUUCGCAUCUUUACUCACGUGUAUUGGCAACGAUAUGGUUGAUAGCAAGCUUAGAGCGCAAUAUCUAAUUCGCUUCUUGAUUAUUAUAACGUAGAAACGCGGUAGAAAGAUGCACCAAAGUGCAUCAUGUGUGACGUCAUAAAAGCCACGCCUUGUUUGAAAAAUCGGAUAUUUUAAAGAAUAACUGUUGGGAAAAUGAAAGUAUUUUCUGGGUCCAUGUUUAUUUUAUUUUAUUUUUGUUUAUUCUAUCAAUUUUAGUAACUAAAAAUAGUACUUUUGACUGAAGGAAACAACCUCGUUGCGUUGACUAUCUCUUAGUCAACAAUCAUUUCAAGACAGAUUUCAUUUUAUAUGAAUAAGUCAAAACUGCUACCUUAAUAUCAGUAAAACAUUUCAUUUCGAUCAAAAUCCUGGUCCUAAAAAAAGCAGCGUCAAUUUAACUAGUUAGCACCUGGGUGAUUGCUUUCAUCGACGCGUAUAUUUUUAAAUUCUUUUUAUAGGUGAAAAAGAUGCUUGUAAGUUAGUGCAAUGCAUCAUAUAUUUGAAUUAUUUACGUCAUUAUUGGUCCAACAACCGCUAUGUGAACUAUUUGCUGCUAUUUUGUUCUUUCUCGCAGCUAUUGAUUUUAACCAAGUAUUGCAUAAUAUUUCUAUUUUUUAGAUGCUAUUUUUUUUAAAAAAAUCCUUUUAAGUGAAUUCAAGAGUUUUUAAUGAUUUUGCUCUACGUUCAUAGAAGUUAGCAUUCCGCCAUUUAUUAAAUAAGGGUGCCAAUUUUGCGUUAUUUUUGCCUUAAACUACGUUGAUAACUGAUUAUUGCUGAAGAUUAGUUUUUAAAACUUUAUAAUGGUACAUACAUACUUUUUAAUGCAUCAAUAAAAAUCGAUGAAGUAGAUUUUUGCAUCAGUUUAAGUGAAUGAAUAUGUAUAUCCUUGCAUCUCAAUGAUGCAUAAAACUAUAUUAAACGAAACAUUUCAAAAAUACCCUCUCUUUUAUUAUUAUUAUUAUGACGUGCUCGGGAAAAGUGAAAUGAUGCAGUUUUAAAGAAAAUGUAAAAAAAACUACUUUUUUUUUUCUUUUUUUGAGAAUUAAAAAUAGAAUUUGAUUAAACUUUAAAAUAUAUAAAAUGUUACUAGCACAGUAUGUUUUGGGGAUAAACCAAUUCGUACAUUUUUUUUUUCAGCUCUGUUUGUUUUAAGAGAUCUUUUCCAAACCUCAUAGCCGGUGGUGAUUUCAGCGUUGUUAGCAAAAAUAGAUAUUUUUUAUUAAUAUUCUGAAGUAUGGCAGAAAAAAAAUGUCAGGUUUGAUUUUCUUUAACCUGUUGAUUUGUUUAUAUCGUAGUUUUCUGUUUUUGAUUGUGGAGCGUUUCGUCUUGUACAUUGUCACCUUUUUUUUUCCUUUGUAGUUGAUAAUUCAGGCGUUUGGACUGAAAUGUUUUUUUUUUUUUAAUUUUAUUUUAUUAUUACAAAAGAUUAAUUUGAAUACCUAGUUUUGAACUUUGCCUACAAUGAACAAUACUUACAUGUUUUUGUUUGUUUUUAUGUAAAAAAUAAAGUGUGUUUUAUAAAAA